AUGAAGCAGCCCAAGUGCUCCAACUGCGACGGUGCUGGCGUUCAAUGCCUGACCUUCCAUGCUUCCAAGCAGGCUGAGGACCUGCUAAGAUGCGGUCAGGUCCCUCGUAACUACGUCUCUGACCUCGAGAAGCAAGUUGAAGCCUUGACCCAGCAGGUACGUCGUCUUGAGAGGCAAAGCAGACCUACACCGCUCAACGGUGAGGCCUCGAAUUCACCAGCGUUGUCCCAUUCCAGCACUCGCUUGUCUGGCAUUUCGCCGCUUCUCCCUGCUCCUUCGGCCUCAGAUGGUAGCUCAGGUCAAGUCCGGGAUCUCGUGAAGAGUGUCAAGGAUGUCGUUGUUGAGCCUUCGAGACAGCCGCGAUUCGUGGGGCAGAGCAGCGGUAUCACUCUUGCGAAGAUGGUUAUGGCUGCGGUUCGUGUGGAUGCCACGACUCCUUCGUCAGCGAACGAACGACAUCAGGACAACGCUCCUGCUUCCAUAUCAGCGAUCGAGCGGCAGGCUUCGCUGCCACCACGACAUGCCGCAGAUCAUCUUGUCGAUGUGUAUUUCCAAUACCGCACACCACAUCUUCCGAUCCUCGAGCGAGCACCGGUCAAAGAAGCGCUUGGGAACGCCUACCAAGCGGCCAGCAGUACUCGGACCUUGGACCAUGCUGUGAAGAAAGAUGUGUUCACGACGUAUAUGGUACUGGCUAUAGCGCUUUUCGACGUCCCUGUCCCUUCUGGUGGCCGACCCAGCCAGAGCGAGGGGUGCUUUCAGUCCGCUGUAGGUCUGGCUGAGCAUGUGAUUUCCUACUCUCCUAGUGAUUUGGAGACGCUCCGUGCAGUGCUUUUGCUGGCACAAUAUGUCGCAUUGUGCCCUUCUCGGGGAAGCUUCUGGCAUUUGACAGGCUUCGCUUUGCGAUUAUGCAUCGACGUAGGCCUACAUUGGGAGACCGAAGAGCAAUCAAUGCAGACGGACGCGGCUGUACUCCACGAGCGGCGGUCACUCUGGUACUGUACCUACCAAUUUGACCGCAUGCUAUGCAUCUUGCUUGGCCGCCCGUUUGGAAUCCUAGACGAGAGCACCCGUGUGCCGCUGCCAGGCCCGUACACAGCGUGUCUCAGUCAUGAUGCGCAUGAUGCCCACUGCUACGAAUCUUACAAUUCGCUUUUCAAGAUGUCCAAGCUGGAGUCUGAGAUCAAGCACGUGUUGCACAACCAGACCUGGGAACCAAAGCUGGCCUACCCGCGGGUGGACUACUCAGCAUGGCUGGAAGACAUCCAACCACGCCUGCAACACUGGUACGAAACCAUCCCAGAGCCCCAAAAAGCGCAUCCAUCUACCAUAUUUGCCCACCGUGCCUACUGGGAUGCAGUGUAUAGCAAUGCAAUACUACUGCUCCAUCGGCCGCAUUCAAUAGCUCAGCACCCAUCGACGGAGUCUCUCUUCAUGACUUUUGAUGCCUCUACUAAGCUGAUCACUAGCAUCAAAUCUCUCCAGCGGGAGGGCAAGAUCGACAUCCAUUGGAAGGCAGUUCACGAGCUUUUCAUGGCUGGAUUGGGGAUCGUAUACGUUUUGUGGCUGUCAGAGGAACUCCGGAGACAGAGAACCGCCAGCAGCAGCAUUUCGACUCUCAACUCCUGCGCAUCUACCCUCUCGGCGCUGUCGGAAAGCUUUGCGGGCGCUGCAGGCUGUCGCGAUGCAUUCGAGACACUCUCCGCGGCGACAAUCGAUUGGCUGCUCACCCAUGACGCCGAGCAGGAAAGACAAACCCGGUUGGCGCUCGAGAGGCAAGUCGAAGAUCUAUUGCAACAGCUGCGGCCACCUCGUGAAGGAAUGGCAAUGCCUACUGCUGAAGACGAUGCAAGUUACAUGUCAAACAUGCUAUCCAUGGACAACUUUGCCUUUAGCGAGAUGCUCAGCUCUACUGCACAGUGGCCCAGCUUUGAGAACAUGGAAUACGUUGACAUGAAUCACCACUCUGUGAAUGAGAUGGGAUUUGGUACGGACUGGUGGCAGUGA